AAAAACACGGAAAAUCUGAAUGAAAGAACUUUUUGGACAACUCGCGAGUCGCGACUCUCCCCCGUCGGUGCUAAUGUGCAAAGUUUUGUGUUUUCAUCAGCAGGGCCGCGAACAGAAACGGGAAAAAAUAGCCAAAGAAUUCACGGCAAAUUAUUUAAAAAGAGUGUGCAAAUAGACGGUUGACGACAAGUGGGCGUGGCGACAUCAGCCCCUCGAGAACAACAACAACCAAAAUAAAAAUAUAAACCGCCGAGGAAAAGUUGGGAAAGAACUCCAGCGAAAAACUCAAACAUUUAAAACAGUCAACGAGAUGCCAUUUGGAACGGCCCGAACGGGCACUAGCAGUGGGAGCAGUGCGCCCGGCGGACGCACCACCUUCCGUCCGCCAUGGGUGAAGGACGAUGGCGGCAGCACCGCCGCCUCCAGCACCACAAAGCCCAGCAGCACGCCCUGGGGCGCGAAAAAAACCAACACGACGACGACGACGGCCGCCACGCCGGCUGGCAAGGAAAACGGCGAAAAGUCCACAACAACCAAGCCAAAAGCAGGGACUACCCCGACCACAACCGUGAAGAAAACCACCGCCACGGAACCGGCUAAGAAGGUGGCUGAGCCCGCGAAGAAAUCUACGCCGGCGGCCACAACCACCACGGUGAAAAAGACUCCGGAACCGGUGAGCAGCAAGAAAGCUCCCGAGCCGGUUAAAAAGGUGGCCCCCGCCGUGGGCCUCAAGAAGCCAGUGGCCACUACUUCGGCCCUGAAGAAGAAGAAGGAGCCGACUCCGCCGCCAGAGUCCUCUUCGGAGGAAGAGGAGAGCGAGGAGGAGGAGACCGAAGAGGAAACCGAGUCUGAGGAGGAGGAGAGCGAGGAGGAGACCGAGUCCGAGGAGGAGGAGAGCGAAGACGAGGAGGACACCGUUGUGGACGAGAAGGUGCCGGAGCACGUGAAGAAGGCCGCCCAGCUGCGCCCCACCACCGUCAACAAGAAGCCGGAGCCGGAAAGUGAGUUAAGCCAACGUUUCACUAUAGAGAAACCCAAACUGCGCAGCGUGGUGGUGAAGCGGGACAAGUCGAUGAAGAAGCUGGCGCCCGAGGAGGACGAUGACGCCGAGGAGGGCGAAACUGAGGAGGAGCGGGAGCGGAGGCUGCGCUUCAAGCUGGAGAAACCGAAGCUGCGGCAUGUGAAGCGCGAGGAGAAGCCGCUGCCCAGCAAGAGCACCGACGACCUGGCCAAGAUCAGGCCCGUUCUCAAAAAGGUACCCAAGAUCGAUGAGCUCCUCAAGGAGCCGAAGGAGGAGCCCAAGCCCGAGUUCAAGACCAAGACCCUGCGGAAAGCCCCGUCCAUAAAGCGCGAGGCGAGCAUCAAAAGCGUUCCCGCCCCACCGCCGCUGCCCUCGCUGGUGCCCAAGGCUCCCCCACCGCCGCCCCCGCCGUUAGCGCCCGGAGAGAAGCGCAUACUCAGCGAUACCCAGAAACAGACUCUCGAGAAGCUCAGAACACGACCCCGAAGGCGUCCGGACUGGUCCGAGAUGAUGAAGGAGGUGGAAAGCGGCAAGAAGCUGCGCCAUGUGGCCUGCAACGACAGAUCUCAGCCCAUCCUGACAUGCAAGUCUAUGACGAAGGUGGACGACAAGUUUAUCUACGAAACGGAGAAGGACAACUCGCACAACAAGCUCCUCAAGCAGAUCCAGGGUGGCAUAAGGCUGAAGCCCACGAAGACCAACGAUCGCAGCAAGCCCAUCCUAGACGGUCUGCGCAAGUUCCGCCGCCAGAUGACCAUCGAGGAGCAGCUACAGAAGUCCCAGUCGAAGGUCAACAUGCUGAGCGAGGCGCCCAGCAGCCACGCCCUGGGCCCGGCUAGUGCCACGGCUCUGGGCGCGGGCAGUUCCCGGCCCAGCAUCGUCUCUGCGAUGUCCAUCGACGAGGAGAGUCCCGACGAACUGGACGACAUUGACAAGAUUCGCGACGACCUGCAGAGCACCAAGCAGAUGCUCUCCCUGGAACUGCGCAAUCGGGAGGCCCAGGAGCGAGAGAACAAGAAACUGCUGGCCAAGAUCCGCACCCUGGAAACGGAACUGGAGCGUGAAAAGUCGCGCGAAAAGAACCUGGAGUACGGAUCGAAUGUUAUUGUGGCCACCAUGGAUCCCACACCCACGGCCGAGCAGUCCUACGUUAACUCGCUGAAGCGUGAAGUGGAGGACGCCCGCAAGGUGUCCAAGGAAGUGGAACAGAACUACAAGAGUACCAGCGAGCAGCUGGUGGAGGCCAAGACCGAAAUCGAGGAGCAGCGCCGCCAGAUCCAGCUGCUCGAGCGCAAGCUGGCAGCUGCCCUCCAGGGCUACGCGACACCAAGCACUAACAGACCGCACAUUAGUAAUUGCUUUGCUUACGACGAUGACGACGACGACUGCUUCUACUACGACCAUGGUCGGCACGGCACGCACCAGGGCGGCGGAUCACUGGACGGAUCUCGGCGACCCAGCGAUGCCAACUUCGGACGCGAUAGCUCACCGGAACUGGAACCGGAGGUCAGUGAGAGCGAUCCAGAUGAGCCAGAGGAGAAGAAGACGGAACGUCGGGAACGACGCAUGGGCAAGGAAGUGAAGGUACUACGCAGCAAACUCACCAAGCUAAAGGUCAAGGAAGAGGCCGCCAAGAAGGAGAAGGACGCCCUCAAGCAGGCCAUGAAGAAGAACCAUGUUAUCCUCAAAGAGGAGAACAAGAAGUUCAAGAAGCUGGAGAAGGAGGUGCAGAAGAUGGCCGCCUCGAUGAAGCUGGACGAAGACGAGCUGGACGGCGAGGAGAAGGACGACGAGGAAAAGGACGACGACGAGGAGGAAGCCGAGAGCGAGGAGGAGGAGGAAUCCGAGGAGGAGUCCGAAGAGUCAGAGUCCGAGGCGAGUGAGGCGGAGACGGGCAGCGAAUCCGAGCCAGAGGACGCAGCAAACUCCGCCAAGAAGGCGAAUCUGGAGCCUCGCGUGAAGAAGCACGAAAGCCGGUUUGCGGCGAUGAAAAAAUGCAAUGUGCUGCACCAAGCCAAUGUCGACAAUUUGCAGGACCAAAUUGUGCAGGUGCGAUCGCGGGCCACAAAUCUGCAGGACGAGCUGGACGCGGUUAUCGCCGAUCUGGGUUUCUAAUUAAUUUCAGUCUCGCCUUUACUUAUAUUUAACUCGUGUAUUACUUUGACAAAAACCUAAAUAAACGAAAGUAAACAAA